AUGACCUUUUUGAGUAGAACAUUAUGGCUUCUCAUUAUGAUGUUAUCAUCAUUACUUACUACAAUCGCUAUAAAAUACUACGAGGAUUUACCUGACCUUCGUUUGGAAGGUACAAGCACAUAUGAUAGUGGAACAAUUAUAUUACUUUUCACUCAAGGAAAUGACGAAAUAAGGGACAACACAAAAAUUCAUUUACGUAUCAUCCUUAAUAAUGAUACGGUUCUUCCGCCAAUUAAAAUUGAUUGCAGUUCGCUUCCUAAUCUUAUUCCUAAAUGUAGAAAAAGUAAAGACGCAAGUGGAUCAUGUUCUUUAAGUCCAACAGCAUUAAUAGACGGAUAUGUUCUUAUAGAGUCAGUUGAUGAGUCAAAUCGUAAAAGACAGAUGAUUGUAUCAUGGGACGAAAAAAUACAUAGAGUACUUGAAAUGGAUGAUUAUCAAACAACUGUCGCACUUAAUUCAGAACGAACUUUUUUUAUAACAGAAUUAAAAGAUAGUAAAACACUAAUAUGGAGCAAAUUUAUCGUCCAAGAUGAUACAUCACUAAUAAAUGUCGAUGGAUCAUACAAUGUACUUAAAAAUAAUACUAUUAUAAAAACUCAUACCGUUUUUUCUCUAGUUGAAGGAGGAUACGCUACUACAAUCUUAACAAGAACUAAAUUAAAUGAUACUAAUAUAAUUAAUAUACUUGAUGAAGUUUACGUUAUAUAUUUUAAAGAUGAUGCUCCAAAAGAGUUUCUACUUCAUUCUUUAACUUCAUAUGAAGGUGAAUUAAAAGUUUUUGGAGGAGUUUACGCAAAUUCUUUUGAUGGAUCAGGACAUACAUACGAUUUCAUACAUAAUAGCACUGAUCUACGGAUUCAUUUUUUGUCAAACGGGGCAGUAACUGCUAUUGAUCAUAAUUUUCAUUUUGAUCUUUCAAACUUUGCUAUUCCUAUACCAUUAUUUUAUGGUGGUUAUAUAAAACAAUAUUUAUUUAAUAAUUCAGUAGUUGUUUAUGAUGAUUAUGAUAGAAGUAGAAAAAUGUUUGAUUUAACUUCACUUAAUGGAAUUAUGCAGAAAAAAUUAUUAUUAUGGUCUGUAAAUUUUAAUAAUGAUCAGUCAUGGGAAAUAAGUUAUCAUUCAUUGGAUUUAACCGACCCUGCAGAUUCACGUUUCAUUUUUCAAAAUCCCAGCAUUGAAGGGACUUAUCCAAUAAUUAACGAAACCAUUCAAGUUCCAAGUGCAACUGCAACCGAAAGGCAACUUGACUUUAUUGUAAACUUUAAUAAACCCAUUAUGCUAUCCAAUGGAAAUAUAAAUAUAUAUCAGUAUUUAAAUAAUGAUGAUUUAAUUUUAAGACAAAUAAUUCCUGGACAAUCCGAAUUUUGUCAAUUAAUCAAUAAAACAGCAAUAUCAAUAAAAGUAUUUGUUAGUACAUUACAUCAAAUUAAUGUCAAAUAUGGAGUUAAAGUGGAUAAUAAUGCUAUUAAAAUUCUAUCUAAUGGAGAACCUUUAUUAGGAAUUUCAGAAAGAAUUUGGACUUUUUAUUCAUCUUUGGAAACUCCAGAAAAAUCAGCAGAUCAAGUUACAAUUACCGCUCGCUUAAUACUUGACGAUGAAAAUUAUAAAAAAAUUAGUUCAAAAAAUAGUCGUUCAAUUAUUCUUCAAACACUCAAAGAUGAAUUGGUUCAAGCGAUACCAAUUGAUCCAGAAAGAUUAAAACUCGAUGAAAAAGUUCAAAAUGAAAACACAAAUAAACAAGUAUUAAUUUCUGCUACUAUUAUGCCACCCUCUGAAUAUAAUGGUAAUGAAAGAAAUACAAAUUCUAUAUUAAAAGAUUUAGAUGAAUUAAUUAAACAAAAGAAAUAUAAUCUUAUUUCAAAUGGUAAAAUUACAAGAUUUUUGGAUGAAUACUAUGGAGCUCAAACAUUACCCGAUUUUUGGACGAGGUAUGAAUAUCAAUUGAUCGUUUUGGCACUUGUAAUCAUAAUUGUGGGUUGUGCAAUAUUUUAUGCGAAUUAUAGAUGUUCCGAGGGAAAUAAUUUAUCAAUAAUAAAAAUCGUAGUGAUUAUAUUCGAUUUAGUCUUAGAUAUUUUGUUUGUCACUACGAGUGCAAAGGAUGCACUUCAUUUAUUUGUUUUCAGUCUUUUAUCGGUUGUAAUUCCAAUCGUAUUUAAUAUGACGAUAACUAUAUAUUCAUUAAUUCAAGAAAUUAUUUAUAAUGAGAAUUUUAAUAAUUGGUGUAAAAAAAACAGUUUAAUUAUUUCAAUAUUUACGAUAUUAUCAAGUGCAGAUGUUGAAGCACUUCACGUUCUUUCAUCAAAAAUUGCUGGAUUCAACGUUUUUUCUGCACCUCCACUAUCAAAUAAAAUAUCAAAACUAAUAUUUUGGACCGGUUGUAUUAAUAUAUUAUUGGAAGAUAUCCCACAAUUUAUUAUUCAGGUAUGA